GUCUCAUCUGCUCCAUUAACUCACACUUACCUCGCAGUGAGGUUUAAGCUCGCAUCGCAGCCAGCCAUUAACGCCGCUGUGCUGUGAGCGCGGAGAGGAGCUAGCAGGAAUGGGCGGUGACGGCACGAGGGCGCUUGACCAGACGCCGACGUGGGCCGUGGCCGCCGUCUGCGCCGUCAUCGUCGCCGCCUCCAUCCUCCUCGAGGGCCUCCUCCACCACCUCGGCCAGUUGCUCAGCAAGAGGAGGAAGACGGCGCUGUUCGACGCGUUGGAGAAGGUUAAAUCAGAGCUGAUGACUCUGGGGUUCAUAUCGCUGCUGCUCACCGUGACGGGGAGGUACAUAUCGCGCAUCUGCAUCCCAGAGGGAGUCGCGGACACCAUGCUGCCCUGCCGUCUCUCCUCCCGAGGCUCGGAGGCGGAAGAACCGGAGGGUCACAGUCGACGGCACCUAUCUGAAGAUCCAGCCAGCUCUUUUGUGUGCCCCAAAGGUAUGGUAUCGCUUGUUUCAGACGAUGCGCUGCAUCAGCUGCAUAUCUUCGUGUUCUUCUUGGCUGUCUUCCAUGUCGCAUUCAGCGCUCUUACAAUGUCCCUGGGUAGAGCAAAGACGCGUAUAUGGAAGGAGUGGGAAAAGGAAACUUGCUCCCCCACCUAUGAAUUCGUAAAUGAUCCCUCAAAGUUCAGGCUUACUCAUCAAACAUCUUUUGUGAGGCAACACGCAAGCUGUUGGAACAAAAAUACAAUCCUGCUCUAUGUUGUGAGCUUCUUUAGGCAGUUCUUCAGAUCUGUCCGAAGGACAGACUACCUUACUUUGCGGCACGGAUUCAUUGCUGCUCAUUUAUCGCCAGGGACUAGGUUUAAUUUUCGAAAGUACAUCAAAAGGUCAUUGGAGGAUGAUUUCAAGACAGUUGUUGGCAUUAGUCCACCUUUAUGGGCGUCUGCUCUUGCUAUCAUGCUCUUCAAUGUUCAUGGAUGGCAAAAUUUGUUCUGGUUCUCUACAAUUCCCCUUAUAGUGAUUCUAGCAGUUGGAACAAAGCUGCAGGCUAUAAUUGCUAUGAUGGCUAUUAAAAUUACAGAGAGUCAUACGGUUAUUCAAGGAAUGCCAGUGGUUAAACUGAGUGAUGAACAUUUCUGGUUAGGGAAGCCUCGUCUGGUUCUUCAUCUCAUCCAUUUCGCAUCAUUUCAGAAUGCGUUCGAAAUUACAUAUUUCUUUUGGAUUUGGUACGAAUUUGGGCUGAGGUCCUGCUUUCAUGACAACUUUGAGCUUAUCAUUGCAAGAGUAUGUCUUGGGGCCGUCGUCCAAUUUAUGUGCAGCUAUAUCACCCUUCCACUCUAUGCCCUUGUAUCUCAGAUGGGUUCACAAAUGAAGAAGACAAUUUUCGAUGAGCAGACAGCAAAGGCCCUGAAGAAAUGGCACAAGGCCGCGGUUAAGAAGAAGCAUCAGAAGGAGUCGUCGCAGGACCCCUCCGAGACCCCGAGCACGGACACAACAGCAACAACGGAGGCGAGCCAGUGGCAGUGGCAGAACGAGGUGCCGGUGCGGCACCUCCACCGGUACAAGACCAUCGCGCACGUCGGCGGCGCGACGCGGCCGCUGUCCGACUCGGAGUGCAGCGACACGGACGAUGCGGAGGCGCUGCCGUCGUCGUCGCAGACCAGGCACCUGAUACCGCCGGCAAAGCAGCGGAGCCUCGACUCCGGACGCGCAGAGGUGCGCGUGGACGUUGCCGAGGCCCCGGCGCCGCCACGCGACGUCCUGCAAGAUAGCUUCCCGUUCCCGAGGCUGCCUGCUCAUCAUGUGCCGGACAAGUGACGAAAACGAGCAGCCUGUUAGCAGUAGUUAAUGCUAAUCUAUAUGAAUCUGUUUUCGAUGAUAAUUCAGCUUUGUGGUGUAGCAGCCUGUAAUCGAUGA